AUGCCCAGCAAUGAGAGCCAUUGGUGUUUAAUCGAGAGCGAUCCGGCGGUGUUCAGGGAAAUCAUCCAAACCGUCGGCGUGAAGGGGGUCUCCGUGGAGGACCUCAUUAUGCUCAACCCCUCGAUGCUGGAGCAGUACGAGCACGUCUACGGCCUUGUGUUGCUGUUCAAGUGGCAGUCGUCGGAGCAGGCGCCGCCGCUCGGCACCGUCGUGAAGGACGCGCCGGUGUUCUUCGCCAAGCAGGUGAUCCACAACGCCUGCGCUACGCUCGCCAUCAUGAACACGCUCUGCAACUACCCGGAUCAGGUGGAGCUGGGGCCGAAGGUGCAGAGAUACCUGAACUUCUGCCAGGAGCUCGACCCGGAGAUGCGCGGCUCGCUUCUGGACAGCUUCGAUGAGCUGCGUGAGGCACACAACUCCUUCGCGCCACACUCGGCGUUUACGAAAGACGGGCCGUCGCCAAAGGAUGCGGAUGUGUUUCACUUCGCCUCCUUUGUAUACCGCCACGGACACAUCUGGGAGCUCGAUGGGCUGCAGGAGGGCCCGCUGCAGUGCCGCGAGGCGACGGACGCAAACUACCGAGAGGCGCUCGUGGAGGUGGUGCAGCGGCGCAUCGACGACAUUGCAGCGAGGGACACGACGGGUGCCGGUCAGGGCAUCUGCUUUUCGCUGAUGACGAUUGUUGACGACCCGGUCACGGUGCUGGAGAAGAAGAUAGCUGCUCUCCGGGCCGAGGAAAAGCCGACGACGGCGCUGGACGAAGAGCUGGCUGAGAUGCUGUCACUGCGCAAGAAGGACCAAGAGGCUAACGCGCGUCGCCGUCAUGACUACAAUGCCAUGAUCGUAGCGCUGCUGAAGUCUCUGGCGGAGCGUGGCAAGCUUGAGAAGAUCGUUGCGGAGGUGCAGGCAAAGGUCUCCAAGUAG